AUGGCAGAUAGUAUAGAUAAUAACGAAAAUCAAGCCUCCGUUACUCCGAGGCCUAGGUUAAAUACCGAAGGUCGUGGCUCUGACACGACAUCGCGACGAUCUUUUUAUAGUAACAGUGCUCAAUCAACCGCUGCAUUAAAAAAACAACUACAAGAUCAACUAAACGAAAAUGCUACUCAAAUGCAGGCGACUACUGACUUAGCCGCUGCUCUUGCAAAACAACAAUCAGAAUUAGAAAAUCAAAUAAAGGCAUUAGACAAGACUGAAGGUAAUGAAGUCCCUCAAGAACUAAAAAAUAAAUUGGCUGACCUUGAAAAGGAAGCUGGUGCUAUAUAUGAAAGUUCCGCAAAGGUUUUUCUGGGUUCAAAAAGUCAACCAGACGUUGGACUAGAUUCACCAAAUGCUUCAACUCCAUCGACACCUGCUAUAGAAACACCAACUCCAACUACGGGAAAAUCCUCCUCAAGGCGUGAUCGUAACGCUGCGAAAGGCCGUCAAAAAGAUAUAGAAUUUGCUACUGAAAUAGGUCAAGGUUUAUUACAAGAAGUUAGACGUCUACAAGCUUUAUUACAUGAAAAAGAGGAAAGAAUAAAAGAAUUAGAGGCUGAAAAAGCUGAAUUAGAACGUACUAUUGAACAACUUAAUAAAAACUUACGAGCAAAUCAAGAGUCUAAAGAAUUAGCUAAGCAAGACCUUAGUUCUCAAUUAGAAGACUUACAACAACAACUUACUAAAGCUCGUAGUGAUUACACAAAGAUUGAAAAAGCUCUUUCAACCGCAACUGAUGUUAUAGAACAACUUAAAGAUAAAGAAGAAAAAUUAACUGCAAGUCUUGAGGAUUUAAAAACUCGACAUGAUAAAGAUAUGGCAAAUAAUCGAAGGCAUAUUGCCGCUCUUAAUAGAGAAAAAGCUGAUUUAUUAAAAAUUGUCGAUGAUUUAAAAACUCAAUUAGAUUCUUUUGUAAAUGCCUCAAAAAUUAAGAAAAGUACUAAGGAAACCGGUACCGGUUCAAAUAAUAUAUUAUAUGAUGAAGAUGGUCAGAUUAUUACUAGUGGUGAUAAUGAUUCAAGCAUUCCUCAGGAUUCUAUUAAUAAAAAUUUAAAUGCUCAAGAAACUAUGAAGGCUCUUGGUGUUGCAAACCGUAUGAUCGGUAGCCUUCGUGCUAAUCUCCAAAAGGAAAAGAGUGAAAAAUAUGAAUUAAAGAAUUUAUUAUCUGUUAGAGAAGAACAAAUUGAAAAUAUGCGUGCUGAACUUUAUGAUGUCUUACCUGAUCAAUCAAAACAAGGGAACCUUGAACCAGGUGACCGUUCCAUUAUCUCUGAAAAUUAUUUACUUUCUAAUGAUCUUGAUAAGAUAAAUAAAGACAAUCGUCCUUCGUCCGGUUGGUUCAAUAAAGCUAAAAACAAAAUUAAAGCCGCACGAAGAGAUGAAGCCUUAAGAAAAUUAGAUAAUAAUUCUACAUCCCGAGGAAUAGUGAGUGAACCUGAAACUUUUGAUGAUAGUAGACCAAGUAAUUCCGAUUUAAGGUAUAAAGAUUCGGUUGUUCGUAGACGUGUUACUGAAUAUGAAGAUAUUAGUAAAACUGUUGACGAUGAAGGCAUUAUUCGUAGAAGCUCUCAAAGUUCAAAAGGUGGUGAACCUAGAUCUCCCUCUGACGAAAAAAGACGUACCAAUUCCGGAAAUUAUCCCAUAGUAGAAGGUGAUGAAAAAAGACGUACCAAUUCUGGAAAUUAUCCCAUAGUAGAAGAUAUCGGUGUACAAACUGAAUCGAGGGGUGAACGAAGUGAUUCAAUGUCAAGCAAACUUACAUUUGGAGAUCCCACGAACCCUAAUAAUCUCUCUCACGAUUCAAAGAAUGAACGAAAUAGCCAAACUUUGACUGUGCCUGAUAAUGAUGAUAAACGAUUCACACUUGAUCUUAGUUCAUCAUCAAAUAAUCAAAAUAAUCAACAAGCUCAAUCACCACGAAGUAUUUUGCAAAAUUCAAAUAAGCAACAGCAACAAGGACCAAUGCAGAGUUUAGAUCCGCCUCCACGCCCCGCGAAUGGACCAUCAGCAACAUUAAUACAACGUUCAACAUCCGUAAACUUUGGUCAACAAGCGGGAACACCAAAAGUUCAACAAUCCCUCGAUAAUGCACAUAAAAGUUCAGCGGAAUCACAAGAUGGUAUACUAUCGAACGGUAAAUCAAGGGGUAUUAACAACAUAAAUGGCAGUGAACCCACCACAUCAAGACUCCAUAAUCAUUCGUCCAGUUCAGGUUCUAUCUCAACAUCAAGCAGCGCUUCGAUAACGACAGAUCCAACACAUAGUAAAUCACCAGAACCUAAUGGACAAUUACAAAAUGGACAAUUGCCCGGACCAUCGGGUACUGAUCCAACUAUAAUUCAUGCGAUCACUCAAACCAUGAUUGGUGAAUACUUGUGGAAAUAUACUCGACGUAAUUUCGGGAGUGAUAAACGACAUAAAAGGUUCUUUUGGGUUCAUCCAUAUACCAAAACUUUAUAUUGGAGCAAUAAAGAUCCAGAGUCAGUAAAACAAGUUAUUGACCAUAAUCCUUCACCUCCUGGUUUAUAUCAUAUGAGUUUGGUCAUCAAGACUCCAGAAAGAGAAUUAAAAAUUACUGCACGAACCAAGGAACGACAUGACUAUUGGUACCAGGCUUUAAGUUAUUUGCUUCAACAACGACCGGAUGAAUCAGACAAAGCUAAUCAAGGACAAGGCCAAGGACAGACACCCGGACGACCAGGAAAAAUGGCAUCAGAUCCUUGGGAUAAGCAACCAAAUACCCGUGGAAACCUUAAGAAAAAAUCCAGUUUUAAUAAAAUUCAAUCAAUAUUCCGACGCCAAGAUCCAUCAUCAUCAUCACCUCUUUCAUCCGAAGUGAUUGAUGGACAAUCACAACAACUUACGGUACCAGGAACGUCACAUAAUGGAUUUGAUGACGAUGAUUUUGUCGAUGAUGACGACUUUGAUUUAGAAAAUGUAAGGCAAUGCUGUGAUGGUCGUCAUGACGUUAGCAAGCUUGAACGAGCCGGUACCUAUAAAGGGCACCAUCAUAAUCACCAUA